UUCAAUCACGCGCAGCUCAGUGCGCUCGAGCUCUCAGAGAUCUGCACUUUAUUAUAUUUUACUCAGAAAUUCUCAGAGUAAAGAGAAACGGUAAUAUCAGAAGCCGACUCCUCUUUCAUUUUUAUUUCUUUCACUUUUACUUUGAACCCAAAUCCUCCCCUGUCUCCUCAUUCCCCUCAUCAGCGUGUAUUUUUAUCACCUUAUUUCGUUUCUGCUGUCUCCAGAGAGGGGAUCUGUGACGGCUCUUCAUGGCAGUCAGAAGGGGACACGGUAGAUACUUGAAAGAGUCGUAUGACAUGUCGAACGGUUUCGAGGAGCACAUGGUGGACGAGCCGAAAGGCGCCAGCACGAACCUGAUCGUGAAUUACCUGCCUCAGAACAUGUCGCAGGAGGAACUGCGCAGUCUGUUCAGCAGCAUCGGCGAGGUGGAGAACGCCAAGCUGAUCCGGGACAAAGUGGCAGGCCACAGUUUAGGGUACGGCUUUGUUAACUAUGUAAACCCUAGUGAUGCUGAAAGAUCAAUCAAUACUCUGAAUGGCCUGAGGCUACAGUCUAAAACCAUCAAGAUCCUGCAGGUCUCGUAUGCCCGGCCCAGUUCGGACUCCAUCAAAGACGCCAAUCUGUACAUCAGCGGCAUUCCUAAGAACAUGACCCAGAAGGACGUGGAGGACAUGUUCACCCGCUACGGCCGCAUCAUCAACUCCCGCGUCCUCGUCGAUCAGUCUUCAGGUCUCUCCCGGGGCGUGGCGUUUAUACGCUUCGAUAAGCGCUCCGAAGCGGAGGACGCCAUCAAGGAGCUGAACGGACAGAAACCUCCCAGCGCAUCAGAACCCAUCACCGUCAAAUUUGCUGCCAAUCCCAACCAGAUGAAGAACACGCAGCUCAUCUCCCAGAUCUACCACGCCCAGUCACGCCGCUUCGGAGGUCCCGUGCACCAUCAGGCCCAGAGAUUCAGGUUCUCUCCGAUGGGCGUGGACCACAUGGGGGGCGUGCCAGGCGUGAGCAUGGGGGGCAACUCUCAGGGCGGCUGGUGUAUCUUCGUCUAUAACCUGGGGCUGGACACGGACGAGGGGAUCCUGUGGCAGAUGUUCGGGCCCUUUGGCGCCGUCACCAACGUGAAAGUGAUUCGCGACCCGAGCACCAACAAGUGCAAAGGGUUCGGCUUCGUCACCAUGACCAACUACGAGGAGGCGGCCGUGGCCAUCGCCAGCCUGAACGGCUACAGACUGGGGGACAAGAUCCUGCAGGUGUCCUUCAAAACCAACAAGGGCCACAAGUAGAGGGGCCCCGGUGCCCGGCUCCUGUUAUUGUUUUAUAGUUUCAUUAAUGUGCCGUACGCGCUCGCUUCUCUCUCACACGUUCACUUGCGCUCUCUCUCUCUCACACACACACACACACACACACACACACGUGCUAAUAGUCCAGCUCUUUAUUACUGAUAGUGCAGGACUAUCAGCCUCUCCUGCUGAACGAUGGGGUCCUUCAGAGGAGGACGAGUGUUAUUCAGCAUGGUGCAGCAGGAUGUCGUUUAGUAGAUGCUGGAUUUUCAGCACCUUUGGUUCUGUAGGUAUGUAAAUCAGCUUCACUUCCUGUGUUCAGCUCAUCAGUUUUAAAUCUGAGCAGAUUCUUUAUUUUAAGUGAAGAAAGUCCAGAUCUGCUUUACAUCUAACGUUUGUUUUCCACAGUUUAUUUAGUAUUAAGAAUCCACUUUGUGUUCAGAAUGAAGCUGCAGGCCCCUAGUGUAAAUAUUAGGAAUUACUGUCCAGUAAAAAGAUAAAAAGAGAUUAAAGUUUGAACUACUGCGUAGUUAUCGGUGUUGAUCUGGGAAACCAGUCCCAAGGAUUUUUUUGUUGUUUUUGUUCUGCAAGGCGCCAGUAAAAUCUUCCUCUUUGUGUUGUUAAAACUGCAGAAUUCCAGCAGCGUUUUUCUUUCUUUAUUUCUUUAUUAUUCAUUAAGUGCUUUUUUUUUUUGUGGAGCAGCAAAUCAGUGACGUGAACAAAACGGAACGAUGUCGAUCUGGAAACGUGGUCCGACUCACGAUCUGAUCACACGUGUUCGAAUCAGAAUCGCUUCUGUGUUCACUUCACGUCCAGGCGUUUUCGUUCAGCGCUAAUUUUUACCGUCACCCCCGUCAUCAGAGAUCCGAUUCCGUCUCCUCGUCUCUGAUCUCCUGCACCCGGGUCAGUGUGGGAGCUUCUUCCUCUCUGAGGCGCCGUGUAUAAACUUUAGUUCCAGAGCAAACGUCCCAAAUUCCCUCCACUCGCUCCACUCCAGAUCCUGUGUGAAUGUAAAAUUAAUGAAGAUAGAACCCCAAACUCCUUAUCACCCCCCCCCCCCCCCCCCCCCCCAAUAUAAACACAGUAAUAAUAAUAAUCAGAAUAAUAAGAACUCUGUUUCUCUCCUCAUGAAGCUUCAGCCGUUUAUCAUUUUUAUUUUAUUUCCAUUAUUUUCUCUUUCUUUAUUUACUGGAAGCUGGGUUGUAUUUUUGCUCAGUACUGAUUCUAGACGCCUUUUUGAUCUCGUCAUUUUUUUUGUUGCUUUUUUUGUGUUUUGAUAUUUACAAUCAUUAAAUUUUAUUUUGGUUUGAACUUUUUUGUUUUGGUUUCGUUAUUUCUUACGUUUGAUUUAUUAUUUCAGAUUCUUUUAGGCUGGUGACCAAAACAUGAGUGGAUUAUAAAUCAGUAACUUAGUGCAGCUGGUUAAUAUUUAUACACAUGAUUAUAAUUAUAAGCUUUAUUAAACAUAAGCACAUUCAGUAUUAAUGAUUUCUUUGAUCUGCCUGUUAUGCUUCAUCAUUGCUGAAGCUUUGCUAAUGAAAGUGUAUAGAAUUAUUUAUUAAUGUUUUAAUAUUCACUCCUCACUCUUCAGGAUUAUAAUCGUUCACAUGAUCAUCAGAUAUUCAGUAAUAUCGCAAUAUUCAGCAGGUACCACAGCAAGUCAUUACAUUUUAUUCUGGCUUUAAAAAACAUUUUUAAACAUUUGCUUUUAUGGUUUUUAGCUCCUUUGGUUAGAAUAGAAUAGAACAUGUAUCUACAGUACAAUUAAAUUCUUUCUUUGCGUAUCCCAGCUUGUUUUGAAGCUGAGGGUCAGAGUGCAGGGUCAGAGAUUGUACAGUGCCCCUGGGGCUGAGAGGGUUAGGGGCCUUGCUCAAGGGCCCAACAGUGGCUGCAUGGCAGAGCUGGGAUUUGAACACUCAACCUUCAAAUUAAUAGCCCAACGCUUUACACACUAGACUCCCACUGUCCCACUAAGAAUCUCCUUCUAGAUGUGGUUUCCGACGUGACUUUAGUACAGUCAACAUAUUUUCUAAUAGUCAUUUCAAAAAUACCUCAGGUGUGAGUUUGUACUGGUUCUGCUGGAACAUCCAGUCACCUUCACCAUGAAAGAGCUUUAAAUCUUCUUUCAGUUUUUUUACAUCUACAUGUGAUGCACCAGUUCCACUGGCUACCACCAUCAUGCUUUACAGUAGCUACUGUGUUGUUGGGUUUGACCUUGUCUAGAAGGUGUUUUUUUUUUUCCUCAUUUGGGCAGCAACACAAUGGUAAGCUUGCUUGACUGUGGACAGUGUUCAUAUUCCCCUUCAUUAUUUACACGUGUUAUAAAUCAGACUCUCUCUGUUCUGAACUGGAGUUUGUAGGUUCUGUGUAAACUGAAAUAAAUGUUGAGAUUUUACUGAUUAAUCGGCUCUGAUUUAAAUCACGAGUUUCAGAUUGAAAUAAAAAUCUAAUUGAUUUAAAACUGCUGAGAGUGAAUGAGAGAAGAAUUAGAAUGCUGACUGUUGGGUUCUUUAUGCUGAAUAUUGCGAUAUCCAACCGAUAAUCACCACGUCUGUACAUGAACUCAGAAAUAGGAAAUAAAUCUACGUGUUUUUAGUCGUUUAGGAUUUUGUGCUUUUGUAGAUUUGCUUGUAUUUUUAUGUUGAAUAAAAUGUUUGUGCACUCGA